UAUUGAGUACACGCGAGUAAGUGAAAAUAUUUUAAAAUGUCAGAAGAAACAAUUAUGUCUAUGAAUGACCAGGCAAUUAAAAUUGAACCACCAGAAUAUUCUGUAGAAGACAUUAAACGCGAAAUUGAGGAUGAUGUUGAUGUUCUUGAUGAUAUUUUUAAAUCCGAAUCGAGUUCUGAGGAUGAUAAAACUUGUUUAGAAAGAUUCAUGAAUUCUGAAGUAAAAAUAGAAGAAGAAGUCAAGCAGGAAACAAUCAAGACAUCCACUUAUGUAUGUAACAUUUGUAAUAGAUCAUUUGCAAAAAGAUAUCGUUUAAAUGAGCAUAUGCCUACUCAUAGCGAAGAGCGUCCUUUAAAAUGCGAAAUCUGUCAUAAGACUUUCAAACAUUCAAAAGGGUUGAAAGCACACAUGAUUAUACAUUCUGAAGGACGACACUUAAAAUGCAAGAUAUGCAAUAAGACAUUCAAACAUUCAAAAGGGUUGAAAGCACACAUGAUUAUACAUUCUGAAGAACGACACGUAAAAUGCAAGAUAUGCAAUAAGACAUUCACAUAUUCAGGUAAUUUAACUACUCAUAUGCUUGUACACAAUGGUGAGCGACCUCAUGAAUGCCACAUAUGCUAUAAGAAAUUCUCACAAUCAGGUAAUCUGAAAAAUCAUAUGCUCAUUCACAACGAAGUGCGACCCCAUAAAUGCAACAUAUGCAGUAAGACAUUCAAACAAUCAGGUAAUCUGACUAAACACAUGCUAAUUCACAAGGGAGUACGGCCCUACGAAUGCAGUAAAUGCAAUAAAACAUUCACACAAUCACAUAGUCUGAAAAGUCACAUGCUGACACACAUUGAAGUGCGCCCACGCCCCCAUGAAUGCGCUAUAUGCAAUAAGACAUUUACAGAUUUAUAUGGUCUGAAAAGGCACCACAAAACAAUUCACAAUGAAGUAAAUUUCCAUAAAUGCAGUUUAUGCAAUAAAAAAUUCACAGAAUUAAGUAUUCUGGAAAGUCACAUGCAGAAGCACAAGCCACGUCCCUAUAAAUGCAAACAAUGCCAUAAGGCUUUCUCAGUUUUAACUAGGUUGAAAUAUCACAUGGUCGUUCACAGUGGUAAGCACCCCCAUAAGUGCACUAUAUGCAAUAAAAAAUUCACACUAUUAUGUAAUCUGAAAAAACACAUACAGAAACACAGUGGGGUACGACCCUAUGAAUGCAAUAUUUGUAAAAAGACAUUCACAGAAUCAAGUAGUCUGAAACGUCACAUGGUGGUCAUUCACAGCGAUGAGCGCCUGCAUGAAGACAAUCAAGUAGUCUGAAGGAUCAACAUAAUAGAAACUAUCCUUGGAAAUGUGAAAUUGCAAAUUAUUGCAUAGAAAAGAUUUACUCAAUUCAACAAAUUGUACAUUGU